AACAUAGAGCGAUUCCUGAUGGUUUCAAUGGAACCCCAUAAAACCCUCGUGGUAAAUUGGCUAAGUAGUGACGUGUUUGACGUCACAAUAGCCAGCAGACAUAAGGUAGCCAAUGAACGAUUAGUUACCCAAUAACCCGGCCCAAUAAUAACUUUUUUUUGGCAAAGUACCUUGCAACUGGCGUCCAAUAUAUAAUAGGAUAUCACUUCGUAUGUUACUAUAACGUGAUAUAACGAGCUAGAUCUUUGCUGCCUGUUUUUUGGGGUUUGAUUUUUACAUUUUUGUGUUGAACUUGAAGAAGAGGAAAAAGCAACAACAUCAAGCUUGGUAGACGGUGUGACAAUUAGCCAUUCAGUCUAGCAUAAAGGAAACUAAGAAUUGAAUAAGUAAGAGGAUCAAACACCAUGUCGUCGACGACAUCAUGUAGACGAGUAUUCUUGGCAGUCUUGGCCAUGUCCAUGGUCAUCGAGGCGUUCGCAGGUCGAACCGACCCGGCGGUAACUGCACUUACCCAUCGGGUAAAUUAUUUACAGCGUUAUAUGACAAGCACGCUGAUGGGGAAGAUCUCGAAUUUGGAGAGCCAAAAUAUGGCACAGGCCAACGCCAUCACCAGGUUGACAAUUGACAUGAAUGAAACUGUGACGGAACUGACCCAGAGCAACGCUGAACUGAGACAGAAGAACGCAGAACUUCAGACAAUGGUGGGUACCUUCGAAAGGUUCUUUUCCUCGCUCUUGGUUGAUAACCCUGAUGCCUUUGACCCGACAAGAGGAGUUGUUGAACGAAUGGACAGUCUGAAUGCUUUCCUCGGGAACAGACAGGCUAUGUUGGCAGGACUGCGACCUGACCCAGAGACAGUUCCGACCAAUGACACCGUUGACCAGGAAGCACUUGGUCGAGUCUUGACACAGCUGUCGGAGGUGAACAGUGGUCUUGAACAGAAGGUUGAUAAACUUCAGAGGAGGGUGGACAACGGGGUUGAAGCAGCAGGAGACAGGGCCCUAACCGGAGGGGCUAAUGAUAUCCUGACUCUAAAUCAAGUUGGAGAUAAAUUAGUGGCUUUGGAAGCAGCCGUCAGUGCACUUACAGCAACACAACUAGCUAAGGACGAUGCUGACCGUCAAUCAGGCUCACGGAGUGUGAUUUCAGAGAGGGACCGAGCUAUUCUUGAAGGCGAUUUAUACGGAACAGCAAGGAGCGUUACUAGUGUCCGGAAGUCUGUAUUUUCAGUGGCCUUAAAUCACUCUGUAAUUGGAACUUCUAGCGCCCAGAAAAUGCCUUUUAACUUCCCUUAUGUCAAUAAAGGCGAUCACUGGAAUGCAACUUCCAAAACUUUCGUCUGCGGCAUCACCGGUUACUACUACUUUCACUUUUCACUUCGAUCGUACGAUUCUCACUACAUGGGCGUGCACCUGAUGAAGAAUAACCAACCAGUCACGGCUGUUUUCACAGAGAAGAGCUCCCGGAAUGUGAUGGAGAGUCAGGGAGUCGUGCUCCAUCUCGACAUCGGUGACGAGAUCUACCUACGUCUCAGUCCGUCUACAGAGUACGCCGUGCAUUCCGAUACCUACAAGUACUGCACCUUCUCCGGCUUCCUCGUCUAUAAAGGUCUCUGAAAGACCAAACGCUGCGCGUCUCGGUCACGCCGGCGAUACCUACUCCAGCCUCACAAAGAUUUACGAUUUGAUCCGAUCAACCACAUCUAUGGAAAGCCAGCAACACCAACAUCUAAAACGCUUGCUUAUUCAAAAUGUUGUUCUAGAUGAUGAUGUUGUAAACUCAUCGUUGUCUUGACAUUUCAGUGUGCUCCUCUUUGUUUACAAAUAGUUGUGCAAAUUUCCUGAAGGAAAAACUUAUGGAAUUGAUAAAUUUCCACAUAGUUCAGGUUGAGUGGAUCAAUCACAACCCUUUGUUAGGCGGGUGCAUUUCAUUGAUGUCUCACAAGUUGUCAGAUCCGACAAAUUUAAUUCCUUGAUUUUGAAUGGCUAAGAAGUAAUGCUUUUUUUAUAUGGUAACUGACAGUUACAACAGACUUUGCCAGAUAAACAAAAUCCCAUCCGACAAGUUUUUUCGUGAAACGCUUCCCUGACUACUACUUACAUGACUAACAUAGCCUAGCUACCAUCGGUCGGUUUGGAGUCGGAUUUGUUGGUAUGACCGUAAACACCGCUAUCGUUUUACCAAUUGUCUAUUUGAUCCGGAUGGCCCUUAUCCGAAUCCUCAGUGAAUUUAAAAAUUCGGCAGCCAAAUGGUUAAUUUUCAAAUUUGUAACGCUUGAUGGUAACAUCGAGGUCGGAAGUGCAACCCAGUGGAGCGUCUCAUCAACAUUUUCAUCCGACAAGUUGUCAGAUCUUACAACUUUCUUUGAUUUUGAUUGGCUGAGAAGCCCUGUUACUAUGAUAACUGUCGGAUAAACAGGACGUGUCGGAUAACAAGUCAAACAAAGCCCUCUAGAUCCCUGGUUUUGGAUUAUUGUGUUCAAGAAUUUUCUUUAUAUAUUGCAAGUUUGGAAAUUUGAACACUUGAUUUUAUAUGCGACUGAAACGAAGGAUGAAACAAACUUUGGUGGUUCUUUCAGAGUUCACUUUAUUACUUUAUUUUGUUAUAGAGUAUGAUAAAGGCCUUAUAUUUACAAUUUCACUAUUUCAUUAAUAUUAGAUAAAUUUCACCAUCGUUCAUACAUCCUAUAGUAAUUACGGUAAAUCCAAUGAAUUAUUAUAUCUUAUGCCAUAGAUGGGCAAACACAUCUGACAUGUCUGAUCAUAAAGGCAUUCUAGAUAGGAUUGCAUCAAUGUAUAUAAGGCAUGUACUGAUGGCUUAAUUCAUGCGGUUUCUUGUAAAAAAAUGUUGUAUGGCUAUAUCUUGCUUUAUGUCUACAUGCCAUUCCUAGCAUUAAUGAAUUAUAGAUAUUAUUAAACUCUCUGCAUAUAAAAUGAUCUAUAGUACAGAAUAUACGUCAACCUACAGUACAUCAAUGUCAUUUGCGUUUGUCUUCUCGGAACCUCUGAGAGAAAGAAAGAGAGAGACGGUGAGAGACCGCAUCUCAUAUACAAUUAUAAAUUUAUUUUUUUCUUCAUAACAGUAUCUGUUAGAGAUAUAAUCUGAUCCGUAUAAGCCUGUUCACGGUUGUAAACUGCGCACGAGCAGAAAAAGGUCAUUGGAGACAACCAUGAAGGUGGCUUUCAAAUUCACUGACAUAGGCAUUUGUGAUUUGAUGAUUAUUCAUGUAUUCUUUUCAAAAUAUUUAUCACGUCCAAGCUGAAGAGUAAUAAAGAGAGCCUUCAUAAUCACUGGUAUUUGAGAGUAGCCUAAACAAUAGUCAAAUGUGCCAAAGGCAGACAAUAAAACAGAUUUCCAAACUUUAUCCCUGAUGUACUAUUCUAGUCACCUGGUCUAUACAAUGCCUUUUGUUCUUAGAAUUUGAAUACUCUACCGGUAAAGCUUACGCAACAUCUACAUUCUACAUUCUAAUGAAAAAUCACAAAGGUCAUUUGAGAAAAGUUGAUCAUUAGCUAACCGUGAACUGGCUUAUUGUAUGAUGUAUACAGUAUCCUCUUCAAGAGUAUGCACAGUAUAUCAGUGUCCGGUAACACAAAGAUUAACGAUCAAUCAUUGAGCUGAUUUACGAUUGAUCAUACACACUAAGCAAUACAAUUAAUCGUAGAAAUCGGUCUAACGAUCAAUCGCUAAGCUUCGUGUUACGCACCCGUGAUGUGCCUCAUAUCCUCAGACUUGCUCUGCAUUGCCUUUUUGGUCAUACAUGUGUAUCAGCUCGUUUGUACAAGAUAUCAAUAUUUAGAAAGCUUGUAUAUGAUAUUAUUGAUAUGAACGGUUUACAGUAUAUUCUUUUUUUCAUGGUUUUGUAAAUGCCAUUUUCUAAUUUCUCUGUUUAUAACAAAAAGUUAAGAAUAAAAAUGAAAUAAAGUUAAAUUAAAAUAAAAA